UCUAUGAUCUAUCCAGUUAUUAUUAAGAAUAUACAUGGUAAGAGGGAGAGAAUCAAAGUGCGGAGAAGAAAGAAAAAGGCAUAGACAAUUCCUAAAUGGAAGAGUACCCAGAAGAAUUUAGGAGUCCACCAGUGCGGCUGGUGGCGUUGGUGGGAUGCCCAGAGCAGCAUGGGUUGAUAUCGACCCACUUCCUCUCCCAGCAGCCUCCCAUCAACACCUUGGCCUUACCCCACUUCUCCAAGCUCUCCCUUCUUCUUCAUCGCUCCUCCAAGUCCUCAUCAUCUUCUUCUGCUGCCGGCAUUUUAAAAAGGGAUUGGCUGGUCAAGCACAGGACCAAGAUCCCUGCAGUGGUGGGGGCCCUCUUCUUAUGGGAUCAUGUGUCUGGAGACCCUGCCCAGUGGGUCCAAGUAUGCUCGGAUCUGGAUGAGCUGAAAGCGGCUAUUCGUCCAAGGAACAUCAAAUUGUUGCUACUUGUGGUGGUAGGGCAAUCGGAUGAAAUUAGUGAAGAUCGUCUGCUUGCCUUACGGAAGCGAGCAGAGGUGGAUUCCAAGUAUCUACUCCUCUUCAACCCCGAUCCUUCUCAACUCAACAACUCUCUUCAAAGGUUGGGCGCCAGCUUUGCGGAACUAGCAACUACCUUUUACAGAGAUGAAGGUCGCAGGAUUAAAGCUCCCAUUGAAAAGAAGAAUUUGUCCUCUCUCGACCUCCAAGUUCGCUACUGUUUCAAAGUUGCUGUAUAUGCAGAGUUCCGACGAGACUGGGUUGAAGCCUUGAGGUUUUAUGAGGAUGCCUAUCAUGCUCUGCGCGAGAUGGUUGCUACCUCAACAAGAUUGCCUCCCAUACAACGCUUACUUGAGAUCAGAACUGUUGCUGAACACUUGCAUUUCAAGAUUUCCACUUUGUUGUUGCAUGGUGGAAAGCUCAUCGAAGCGGUUACAUGGUUCCGCCAGCAUAUUGUCUCCUACAAGAACCUUGUUGGACCUCCUAAAGUUAUUUUUCUUCACUGGGAAUGGCUGAGCAGACAGUUUUUGGUUUUCGCUGAGUUGCUUGACUCAAGCUCUGCUACUCUUCAAAGCGUUUCCUCUCUGCCAUUAGGCACUGUAGAACAACCUCUAACUGAAUGGGAAUUCCAUCCAGCUUAUUACUAUCAGUCAGCAGCUCAACACUUGGAGGAGAAGAGAUCUUCUCUGGAGUUGGCAGUGUCAAUAUCAGAAGCUUUUAAUGAUAAUGAUGAUGGAAGUGCUGAAUCUGUGGUACAAUCGAUUUAUAUUGGUCAGUUUGCUCGGUUACUUGAGCAAGGGGAUGAUUUAGCUAUGCAGUUCCUUACCGAUGAUGAAUACACCCUUUAUGCGAUUGCAGAGGGAAAAAGGUUUCAAGACUCCUUUGAAAUUAUUGCUUUGCUCAAAAAGUCUCAUGAAAUGUAUACUAAUCUUAAAGUUCAGAGGAUGGGUUCUCUUUGUGCAUUUCAGAUUGGUAGAGAAUAUUUUUCUUUGGGUGAUUUCGGCAAUGCAAAACAGCUGUUUGAUGGUGUUGCGAAUCUAUAUAGGCAAGAAGGGUGGGUUACUUUGUUGUGGGAGGUUUUGGGUUACUUGCGAGAGUGCUCAAGGAAACAAGGUGCAGUAAAAGAGUUUGUAGAAUUUUCUCUUGAAAUGGCUGCAUUGCCAAUAUCUACCAUUGGUAGCAUCCAGACGUCCAAAUGUGGUCCAGGAGGCCCUGCAAGUCUUGAACAGAGAGAUAUGAUACACACAGAAAUUUUUGCACUUGUAAGUGGAGAAGCUAGACCAAUAUCCCUUGAUGGAACAGAUGAUCUCAAAGAUAAUACCCUUCAUCUUGAGAUUGAUCUUGUUAGUCCCCUCAGAUCAGUACUUCUUGCUUCAGUGGCUUUUCAUGAACAGAUAAUAAAGUCUGGUGUCUCCUCCUUGAUUACAUUAUCACUUUUAGCACAGUUACCCCUUUCCAUUGAGAUUGAUCAGUUGGAAGUCCAAUUCAAUCAAUUUGAAUGUAAUUUUAUCAUCAUGAAUGCCAAAAAAUGUCCAUUAGAAGCAGUGCCCAGUGAGCAACAUGAUCAUCGAGUGGAGAGUGCUCCUUCUCUAGCACUUGUUCCAAACAAAUGGCUGCGCCUAACUUAUGACAUCAAAUCUGAACAAAGUGGAAAGCUUGAAUGCUUAUCUGUUAUUGCAAAAAUGGGACCCCACUUCACAAUCUGCUGCAGAGCUGAGAGUCCUGCUUCAAUGGAUGAUUUACCUCUUUGGAAGUUUGAAGACCGUGUGGAAACUUUCCCCACAAAGGAUCCUGCUCUAUCAUUCUCAGGUCAGAAGGCUACCCAGGUUGAAGAACCUGACCCACAAGUGGAUGUCACUCUUGGUGCUUCUGGCCCUGCAUUAGUUGGAGAGAGAUUUCUGGUACCAGUUACCAUAGCCUCCAGGGACCACACCAUAUAUGCUGGUGAAAUGAAGAUAAAUCUUGUGGAUGUUAGAGGAGGUGGGCUGUUUAGUCCCAGGGAAUCUGAGCCAUUUUCAAUGGAUAGUCAUCAUGUUGAGCUUCUUGGCAUUGUUGGACCUGAAGGCGAAGAUGAAUCUCAAAGGGGCCCUGAUAAAAUCAAGAAAAUUCAACAAUCUUUUGGAUUGGUUUCUGUUCCAUUUUUAAACAUUGGAGAAUCAUGGUCCUGCAAACUAGAAAUCAUGUGGCACCGACCCAAGCCAGUUAUGCUUUUUGUAUCAUUGGGCUAUUCCCCAAAUUCCAAUGAGUUGAAUGCACAAAAAGUCAAUGUCCACAAGACCUUGCGAAUUGAAGGAAAGAAUGCUGUUUUAAUUAGCCAACAUUUUAUGCUGCCGUUCCGCAGGGAUUCCUUGUUGCUUUCAAGGAUCAAGCCGGUCUCUGACUCCUCUAAGUUUGUAUCACUACCCCUGCAUGAAACAACUGUACUUGUUGUUAGUGCCAAGAACUGCAGUGAGGUCACAUUGCAGCUGUUAUCCAUGGCUAUUGAAGUUGAUGAUGAUGGCAUUGAAAAGUCAUGGUCCAUUCAACAUGGAGGUGAAGAUCUUGGAACUGCAGUUCUUGUGCCAGGAGAAGAGUUCAAGAAGGUUUUUACUGUCAUUCCUCAGGUGGAUUCUUCAAAGCUUAGAUUGGGGAUGGUCCAUCUAAAAUGGAAGAGGCAUUGUGGAAUUGAAGAUAGAUCUGGUUUGACUGUGACAGAUGCUCAUGUUUUAACUAAACACGAACUUCCUGAUGUACAUGUAGAGUUGUCACCAAUUGUCGUGAGUUUGGACUGUCCUCCUUAUGCCAUCCUUGGAGAUCCCUUCGUGUUCUGUGUUAAAAUUCGUAACCAAAAAGAGUUACUUCAAGAGGUUAAGUUUUCAUUGGCUGAUUCACAAAGUUUUGUGUUAACUGGGUCUCACAGUGACACGGUUUUUGUUCUUCCAAAAUCUGAGCACGUCCUUUAUUACAAAGUAGUGCCUCUUGCCUCAGGUUUGCAACAGUUGCCCAGAAUUUCUUUGACAUCUGUGAGAUACUCAGCUCGAUUUCAGCCCUCUAGUGCUGCAUCUACUGUUUUCAUUUUCCCUUCCAAGCCUCAUUGCAAAAUGGCUGGUAUAACAGACCAAGGGCUGGAGUCUAUUAUAGCAGACUAAAUUCUAUUCCUACGUUGUGAUUACUACCAAUAUUUAUUAAUAUAUGUUAAAUCUUGUCUUUUGAGGCUAAAGCUUUCUGGUCAAACAUAAGCGACCAAUUUGGAGAUAUCAAUUAGUUUUUCCUUGUUGGUGCUACAGAAUAAAGAAACAAAAUUUAGAUAUAUCUCGUGAAAUGGUCUGGGGAAUUUAGGUCCCCGUCGUGGUUCUUGUUAUUUGUUGUUGGCAAGCCAAAGCAUCUAUACGCUCGGAGACCUUAAAAGAUAUGACAAACAUUGUAUGGAUUGUUGAUCAUGUUAUUAUCUUUCUGAAGUCUAUUAUAAUUUUGUAAUAUAAAUGACUCGUUACACUCUGGUUGGUGAAACUCACUGAGCAGAGGGUGGAUUGGGAUGCAGAUUAUCAGCGGUAGUGACUACAAAGAGAUGCAGAACAGACAGCUGCUCUGCUUGCAUGCUAGCUAGGUCUUCUAAGCUGUAUCGUAUUCUUCUACAUCUAGCCAGUAGUAGCAGACUGCUGUUAAGCUGCAAUGGUACAGUUCAGUCUAAGUGCUUUUAGCCUUUUGGUUCUGACCAUUACCCCAUUGGUAAUUAGACAUUCAAACCGUUCCCGUUUUUCCUUUUCCUUCGGAUAUUUUAUUUCCAAAUUCGUUUUUCUUCCUACUGAUAUUUGAAUUGAUAUUAUCUUCUUUUAAACCAAAUAUGACUUACGUCUAAUAAGUCUCUUCGGCUACCCAAAAAACUAAUUUAAAUAAAAGACCCAUAGGCAAUUAUUAAAGCCCGUCUAAUUUUUGGCCACAAAAGACUUUAGCUCAGAUGUCAAUUCCGUCUUGGGAAGAGGUUCGAACCUACUCUAUCUGGCCC